AUGGCAAAGGGCGACGUUGAGGCUAUCGGGGCGCACUGCCAGAUGGCGUACUGCCACCAGCUCGACUUUCUGCCGUUUCGCUGCGAGAGCUGCAAAGGAACCUUCUGCCUCGACCACCGUACCGAAACCGCGCACUCCUGCAAAAAUGAAGGCGCCUGGGCGCGUGCCCGCCGUGAGGCUGAACUGAAGAAGAGCAGCUCUACGCCUCCGAUGCGCAGCUCACUACUUACGCCCCAACCUUGUGCUUCGUCAAGCUGCAAGGAGAAGAUCAACACACCCCUCAAAGAGGGCAUCCAUUGCACGACAUGUCGGAGAUACUACUGCGUCAAGCACCGCCUCCCCGAAGACCACGACUGCAAGAACCUGAUACCCCUGGGCACGAGACCCAAAACCACAGUAGAUGCGCAACGGGAGAAGGCACUGGGCGCGUUCUCGAAGUUCAAGGAGUGGAAUCGGAAGAUCUCGAUUUCGACUGCAAGUAAGGCUAAGGAUAUGGAGAAGCUGGUGCCGAAGUCGAAGGCGACGGUCUCAGCUGCGAAUGCGAGGAAUGCGCUUAUGGAUCUGAAGAAGAAUGCGAAAGGGGAGGCGUCGAUACCGCAGGAUAAGAGGGUAUAUCUAUUAGUUGAGGCAUCGGCGGACACGACCAAAGCGAAACACCCUUCUGGCAAGUUCUUCUACAAUAAAGAGUGGAGUGUGGGGCGUGUGCUAGACGCGGCGUCAAAGGCUCUCCAGGUGGAAAAUGUGAACAAUAGGGGUGGAGGAGAGGAGGCGAAGCUGAGAGUGUUCCACGUCGAGGGGGGCCGCUUGCUGGAUUUCAGUGAGAAGAUCGGGGCACCGUGUGUGAGCGGGAAUACGGUCGUGCUGCUAAGAGGCGUCGGACCUCCGGCUCCAGAUCUCAUCGAGGUGUAG